AUGGCACCGGCAAACCUCCCCUCCAUCUUCAAUGCCACGAGCACCGACAUUGAGCAGCUGCUCGCUGCUCAAUGCCACAUUGGCUCCAAGAACCUGGGCGUCCACAUGCAACCCUAUCUCUGGAAGACCCGUGCCGACGGUGUGAACAUCAUCAACAUCGGCAAGACCUGGGAGAAGAUCACCCUCGCUGCCCGCAUCAUCGCCGCCAUUGACAACCCGUCGGAUGUCUGUGUGAUCUCGGCUCGUCCCUACGGUCAGCGUGCCGUCCUCAAGUUCGCCGCCCACACUGGCGCCCAGGCCAUUGCCGGCCGCUUCACCCCCGGUUCCUUCACCAACUACAUCACCCGGUCGUUCAAGGAGCCCCGCCUGAUCAUCGUUACGGACCCGCGCACCGACGCCCAGGCCAUCAAGGAGGCUAGCUACGUCAACAUUCCCGUCAUUGCCCUCUGCGACACCGACUCGCCCACCGAGUACGUCGACGUGGCCAUCCCGACCAACAACAAGGGUCGCCACUCGAUCGGCCUGGUCUGGUGGAUGCUCGCGCGUGAGGUCCUCCGCCUGCGCGGCACCAUCUACAACCGCGAGACCCCGUGGGACGUGAUGCCUGAUCUCUACUUCUACCGCGACCCCGAGGCUGAGGCUGAGGAGAAGGUCGAGGAGGAGAAGCUCCCCGGUGUUGAGGAGGUGGGCGAGACCGCCAUCGAGUCGGGCUUCGCCGCUGGUGCUGGUGACUGGGAGGCUGCCCCUGCUGCCUUCCCUGCCGCCACUGGUGGUGACUGGGCCGAGACCCAGCCCGUCAGCUGGGAGACUGGUGCCGCCGCUGCCACCACCACGACUGAGUGGGCUGAUGCGGCUCCCAAGGAGUCUGGCUGGUAG